GGGCGCUCCUACACUGGAGCCGGUCCGCUCAGUCAGGUACGACCAACCCGGUUCCGAUCAGACAGAUCAGAUUUGACCCUCCUACACUGCAGCCGGUAUUUCAACCCGACAGAGGCAGAGAGAUGAGAAACUCAGUACUCUGUCAGCUCUCAAGAAGUGCGGAUCGUGGCUUUAACACUUUGAAGUUUGUUUAAGUUUUGUUAUUGAUUAUUGUUUGAAUUUUACAAUGGACGAGGAUUUAGCGGAUUUUUUGUUGUUAGACAGGAAUUUAUUAUUAAAUUCAAACACGAGACAGUUUUGGGUACAUGAGUUUAAUGAAGAUCACACCCAAAGUGAGUUUUAUGUGACCUGUUUACCCUUACGUGAUCAUGCUGACAAAUUCAAGAAAUACUAUCGAAUGACUGUUGAAACAUAUGACUACAUACUGUCCCACAUCAAGGGAGAUUUACAGAAAUGGUCCAACUUUAGAACUUGUAUAGAACCUGCCGAAAAGCUAUCGAUUCUCUUGAGGUAUCUAUCAACAGGCAUGUCCUUUGAAGCAUUGAGCGAAACAUUUCGCAUGAGCAACUACACCGUCGGAAAAAUAGUCGAGGAAGUUUGUGAUUGCAUGUGGGAACAGCUUGCCCCAGUCCACUUACCAGUGCCUAAUAAACAAAGAUUUCUUGAAAUUGCAGCAGAAUUUAAGGAGAAAUGGAACUUUCCCAACUGUGUAGGUUGUAUAGACGGAAAACACGUGAGAAUAAAAUCUCCUGGGAAAAGCGGUACAAUGUUUUUGAACUAUAAGAAAUUUUUUUCAGUUAACCUUCAUGCAGUAGCCGACGCCAAGUGUAAAUUCAUAUUCAUAGAUGUUGGAGCGUACGGAAAGCAAAGCGACGGGGGAGUUUUCGAAGCAUCACCAAUAUCCAAGUUUUUUGAAAAUUUCUCAGAACAUUUGCCUGCUCCCUCACCGAUAGAUACCAGCAGUGAAACACUCAUUCCAUAUGUUCUGGUAGGCGACGAUGCCUAUCCAUUAAAAUCAUACAUAAUGAAGCCAUUCGGCCAACGAAAUUUGAGUGAAGAAGAGCGCAUAUUUAAUUAUCGAUUGUCAAGGUGCAGACGUUGUGUCGAGUGUGCAUUUGGCAUUUUAACUUCAAAAUGGAAAUUGCUCAGCAAACCCAUCGAAACAGAAGUAGGAAAGGCUGAGAAAAUCAUCAAAUGUAUGUGUCUUCUACAAAACAUCAUUAUUGACAGAGAUAAUAUUACCGUCAAUCCAGGAGUUCUAGAAAAAGGUCUACAGGAAUACGUACAACAUCACCAAAGGCCUAAUCUAGGUACUACUCGACGGUAUAAUAGAGCAACUACCGCUGCGAAGGAUGUCAGAAAUUUUUACAAAGAGUACUUCAAUGGCCUAGGAAGUGUUCCGUGGCAAGAUGAGAUGGUCUUCAAUGUUAACAAGUAAACAUUAGUAGGCUUACUGAAAAAAAAGUUUAAAAAAUAAUUAUGUUUGACAAACAUUUGCUUCCAAGAACUGUUUUACCAUUAUUACAUAUUUUUAGAUAUUGAUUUGUAG